GGCAUGUUGUCUUUGAUGAUAUGUAUGUCCUGUGUGCAGGUAAUGUGACCAACAACGUGUGCUCACAGAAACAAGGCAGAGUAAAUCAAUGCAGACUCCUCAUCAGCGCUCCUCGGGAUGGUCAGCCACUGUCAACCCCCACCCUUUACUGAUCUCACGGGCUUUGCGCUUUCAAUGUACAGCAGUAAGACAGAACUGUGUGCCAGACGCGCCGGAAACGAUGGUUUUGGAUCUCAGAUCGGUCGAAUCAUCACACCUCGACUCACGUGAACUGCUACGGUUCAAAGAGGAUCGGCGCGCCGUACGAAGAUCGCUAUGGAGCACAAGAAAAAGCGCAGCUCAUCGCCAAGGUUUCCAGCGCCUGCUUCCCUCUCUCACCGGAGCAAGUGAACGGCGUCUACGGCCCUGAGAAGGACAGUGCCAAUGAACUUGGCGGCAGCGUCGACGGCGGCGUCGGUGGGGGGGCCCUGAUGCGCGGUGGGCAGAGCUUGGCACUGCCGCUGGGGGGUCACUCAGGGGGGCAAUACCAGCAGCACAGCCUCCACUGUGACCAGCCCAGCCACGACAUACACCUGCUCGACAGCCCCGGGAGCCAGGACUCCAGAUCAUCCUCCGCCUUCCAGAGGUCCCUGCCCGUUGGCUCUCCGCACCACCAGGACAGCUGUGGCGUCAGCGGCCGCAGAGCCGCCCUGCCGUACGGCAUCAAACAGGAGGCCACCAUGGGCUAUAAGAACUCUUCCACGGGCCCGGGGACCCUCUGCGCGGCCCAGGCCCCUUUCCAGUGCUCCCGGGAGGGCAUGGCCGCCGGCCUGCGGAGGGGGGAGAUGGCGGAGGCCGGCAGCGCCAGCAACGGCGGGAGCUGCGACCGGGUGUGCAGGACGAGCGGCCGGGGCGCCGGCGUGUCACAGGAUGCGGCGUGCGCCUUUAAUAAUGAAGAUGGCUCCUCCCCGCUGGCUUUGUCCCCCGCCGGAGCCCGUCACUCAGCACGCCCGCUCGACGGCAGCAGUCCCAAGAGGCAGCGCCUGUCCCUGGCGCCGCAGUCCGUCCCCGCCACCGGCCCCAGCGGAGCCGCCGUCGCCGGGUCCCCGUCGGUCGCCAGCGCCGCCCGCGAGGGCAUCGACCUCGCCUCCAUCAUCUGCUCCUCCUCCCAGAUGUCAGCGGUGGCCGGCGUCAACGUCCUCUCGCCCGGCCACGCCAGCAACGCCGCCUCCUCCUACUCCUCCUCCUCGACCACCACCUCCCCUGUCGCCUACUCCGCCCAGGCCGCCCCCCACAAGCCCCAGCCCCUGGCCCCGCCCCCGCCGCACGGCAGCCCCCAGCAGCCGACGAGACGGGAGAGCUGUCAGCUGCCCUCGCCCGCCGCCUGCCUGCUGUCCCUCUCCUCCUGCACCUCCUCCUCCUCCUCCUCCUCCUCUCCCGCCUUGUCCUCGUCUGUUUCGUCGCUGGAGCAGGAGCACGGCCAGAGGCCGAGCCGGGGGCUGUGCGAGGAGCAGGGCUCCAUGCAGCUGGGUCCCGGGGCGGGAGGUGGGCCCAGAGGAGGCUCUGACGGGCUCGGCUUGCUCAUGAACGGGGCUCUGAUGUCCGGGCCCGUUCCCGGACCAGGGACACCCCAGGACGGAGGCCAUAGGCUGGCUGCAGCCCUGAAACAGGAGCCCCUGGAUGACUUCUCCUCCAACGAGGAUAUGCUCUUUCAGCACCACUACCACCAUCACCACCACCUUAACGGGCACAACGGCCACCGGCGUCAGCUGCAUAACUCCGCCAUGCCUCCACCCUACCACCUCCACCAGUACAUGGGGCCCAGCCCCGGGGAGCUGCUUCACCUUCAGUCCACGACACCCGCCCCCUCCCUGGGACCCAAGUCCUCCGCCAGGGGCCCAGCUAGAUCUCACUCAGACCCCGAGAGAGACGAGCUCGCCGGGCCUGCCCCGGGCGACCGGCAGGUUUGUCGCUGGAUUGACUGCAGUGCUGCUUAUGACCAGCAGGAGGAACUAGUGAGGCACAUCGAAAAGGUGCACAUUGACCAGCGCAAAGGAGAGGACUUCACCUGCUUCUGGGCCGGCUGCAUCCGCCGCUACAAGCCGUUUAACGCCCGCUACAAGCUCCUCAUCCACAUGAGGGUCCACUCUGGGGAGAAACCCAACAAGUGCAUGGUAGGUCCCCACAACUCCCCAUGACAAACACACUCCCCA